UUGUGACAGAAGAAUGGUCGUAGUAUGCACGGUGUGAAGUAUGAAGACCGAUAAAGACCGUGACAGACAAUUAGAACACGGAUGUUUUUGUUCUGAUACAUUAAAUAUUCUUCGUGCCCUGUAAUAUUGAUUACGUCUGUAUAAAGUGUGUUGAUAUUAAAUUGUAUAACAGUAAUUGCCGUCGUAAUAGUGUUAUGAAAUUAGUACGCUUGUUUUAAAAGUAUUCUUUUAUACAAAAAAGAAUAAAAUGCGUUACCAUUUGUAGGAGUCCUAUGCGUAAAUGCAAUAUGUAGAGCGAUUAUUUGAAGGGGUUAAAGUGGUUAGAAGUAUAGUUAGGGUUUAUUGACGCAAUUGUUGGUAUCACAAGGGAUAUUUGAUUGUACUGAAGGGCAUGAAGGAUCCCUCUUGAAAUAAUUUUGAGUAAAUAUUUUUCGUGUUCGUUUGUCACUAUAAUGAAUUAAUGAAUGAGCAAUUUUGGCAAUGAAAUGUGAGUUGUUACUUUUGUAAUCUUCAGUGUAAUACCGGCAGUGAUGAUUCUGGGAACGACGUGUACAGCUUAGAGUGGUAUGAGGUCAUGAAGUUAGUGCGGCAGGUGGGUUGGGGACGUGCACUGUUAGUGUUGUUGGUGAUUUGGUUGUUGGUGUUGGUGCUGUUUGCUGCGUCACCUGUAUUCCGGGUGCCUUCAUCACCUGAACCAGAUUCCCGCACAACUCAGCGCUUGGCACGUGCAUUUCAUGACCUGGAAGUUCUCAAGAGACAGAACACUGAACUCAGAAACCUCUUUACAGAUAUUAGUGUUGGAGACCCAUCUCUGAGACAAGAGCAGAGGGAUGCAUUGUUUCAGGAUUUGCAGAAAAAACUGUCAAAAGCAGAAAAAUUGUUGGAACCAUCUCAUGACACUGAAAAAUUUGGCGGAAUUGAACCCCGUGAGGAACCGAGCAUUCAGUAUGAGCAGAUGAGACGCAAAAUUUUAAAUGGAGUCCAGGAAAUGUGGUACUUUGCCAGUGGGGAAUUGAAAAAGAUGCAGAAACAAGCACUGGCACUAUCUCCACAACUUGCUACAAGAAUCACUCGGGUGCUUGAGGAAGGUGUUGUCCAUAAGAGGUCAUUGAUGACAGAUAUAGACACAUUAAUGGAAGUAGAUGGAUAUGCAGCUUGGCGAGAAAAGGAAGCUAGUGAUCUGAGUGACUUAGUACAGCGACGACUUGAUUACCUACAGAAUCCUGAAGACUGUGGUUCAGCAAGGAAGUUAGUCUGUAAUCUGAACAAGGGCUGUGGAUAUGGUUGCCAACUUCACCAUUUGGUAUACUGCUUUACUGUAGCGUAUGGUACAGAACGAACUCUGAUACUUAAGUCUCGAGGUUGGCGUUACAGAAAGGCAGGUUGGGAAGAAGUAUUUCUGCCGGUUAGUCGAACCUGUACUGACCCAUCAGGGCGAACACAUAGCCAUUGGCCAGGUAGACCUGACACUCAAGUUGUAGAACUACCAAUUGUGGAUUCUUUAUCUCCACGACCUCCUUAUCUGCCUCUGGCUGUCCCAAAAGAUCUUGCUCCUAGGUUGGCUCGGUUGCAUGGUGAUCCAAUCGUUUGGUGGAUCGGUCAGUUCCUCAAGUUUCUUCUUCGACCACAAGAAGCAACAAGUAAUAUGAUACAAGAGGCAUCAGUCAAACUUGGUUUCAAGAGGCCUAUUGUAGGGGUACACAUCAGGAGAACAGACAAAGUUGGAACGGAGGCAGCAUUCCACUCCUUAGAGGAGUACAUGGCUGCGGUGGAUGAGUACUACAAUCUUCUAGAAAUGAAGCAGAAAGUGGAUAGACGGAGGGUGUAUCUGGCUUCAGAUGAUCCAAAGGUCAUUACUGAAGCACAAAGAAAGUAUCCAGAAUAUGACAUUUUGGGUGAUUCAAAUGUGGCAAAGACUGCAGCAGUGUCUACACGAUACUCUGACACCUCACUUAAUGGCAUCAUACUUGACAUACAUUUCUUGUCACUGUGUGAUUACCUAGUCUGCACAUUUUCAUCACAGGUAUGUCGAGUAGCAUAUGAGAUAAUGCAAACUCUGUAUCCAGAUGCAGCCAAACGGUUCCGCUCGCUUGAUGAUAUCUAUUAUUAUGGUGGUCAGUCCUCACACAUACAAAUUGCCGUUCUCCCACAUCGUGCACGUGAUGUGAAUGAGAUGAAUCUUGAACAGGGUGACUUAGUGGGCAUUGCUGGUAAUCAUUGGGAUGGUUACAGUAAAGGCAAGAAUCUUCGCACCAAUCAGAUAGGUCUUUAUCCCUCCUUUAAAGCACAGGACCGCAUCGAAGCUGCAGAUUUCCCAACAUACCCACAGGUACCACUUGUUAAAUCAUCAAACCCAGAUCUGUGAGAAGAUUACUAUUCAUAACACAAUGUGAGAAUUGUUAGAAUGACACACAUCUGCAUCUGGAAUGUUUUCAUAUUUUUGAAAAGGCAUAAAUUGAGUCUGUAGCUUGUAUAGGAUCAAAGGUGGGGCAGUUGUUAAGGAAGCUUUUAUGUUUGCAGUCCCACACUACAUGGCUGAUGUAUCUUUAAACUGAAGCUACAAAUAUGAUACUCUGUGAGAGAAUUUCAAUGCUUAAACCCUAUAAAAUCCAGUGGUUUUAUAUGUACCACCUGCUAUAAUGCACAGAAACUCUGUGUUCUGCCCACAGAAUGUAUUUGUGCAUUUCGUAUAGUUUCAUCAGUAAUCAGCAGUUAUUUCCCUGAAUGGCAUUAAUCUGUGUAUCUUUGUAGCAGAGACACAAUGUGUUUCCUGUGAGGUACACACUGAAUUUUUAUACACAUAUUGACUUUUUGAACAUUACGAAAAACAACAGCUUGGAGACUCGACUCUUUCUAUCGCUCUCAGGUCCAGAGAUAGGGACUAGCUCUAUUGAUUGUGUCCAACUGAGUAGGCUUUUACCUGAGGACAGA